AAAACACCCAUGGAUAUUCACUUAAGAAAUUAUAUCAUUUCCUUGGUGGUCAUCAACACAUCAAGCUCUGUUGCAGCUUGCRUUUUGAACUUCGUGAUCGUCUUGACUUUUGUGAAGACGCCAUCUUUGCGAACACCUUCGAACAUUCUUAUCCUUUUUCUAGCUAUCACUGACUUUUGUGUCGGUCUUGUAGUGCAGCCUACWUUGAUAAUAUAUCUGUUUGCAUUGUUAGGAGAUAAUGUACAAUCUUAUCUUGAUGUAAUAACAGUAUUGAGUGUUGUAUGCUUCUGGCCUUUGAUUGCUGCGUCAUAUCUGACCAUAUCUGCCAUUACUAUCGAUCGAUUCCUUGCUCUUCAAUUACAUCUUAGAUACCAGGAACUCGUAACGACAAAACGAACCUAUAUUGCUGUGAUAGCUAUCAUGMUUCUUAGUACAACGACAGUUUUCGUCCAUUUUCAUGUUGYUGCUCACUAUACAAUUCUAGCAGGUUCCUGUGCUGUUUUUCUUUUAAACUCUUUUUUGAUGUUAAGAAUUUCACACGUCGUUAAGAAACACUCGAACCAGAUCCAGUCCCAAAGACAUGCAAGUCAAGGAAAUAUUAACAUGCCUCGAUACAAGAAAUCUGUACACACAAUGUACUACAUCAUGGGGACAUUUGUAAUUUGCUACACSCCUAUGAUUACGACCGAAAUCAUGAAAAGGAUCAUGUUUGAAAAARCUACAAGCAGUCUUAAUCAGUCAUCAUAUAUGUGCACAUCUCUGGCGUUAAUGAACAGUGCUUUCAAUCCAGUAAUCUAUUUCUUGAGAAUGCAAGAAAUGAGAAAUGCUGUUUUGCAUUUUCUUCGAAGCAUCCGUUUUGUCGACCGGAAUUAGGUAACAUACGAUACUAAAGCAGCACCUCGACUGAAUAUAUCGUUCUGCAAGUUCAGUUUUUGGAAGCAAUACUACUGUAUUGUCUAGAGUCAUUAUUACCCCUUGAGCGGGAGAGAAUAGAGUAACAAGUUGUUACCAGCAAGAUUAUAUAUUGGAAUAUUCAKAAGUUACAAU